AUGGGAGAGGAUCAACCUGAGUAUCACGACGUGAUUGUAAUUGGCGCCGGCGCCGCCGGUCUGCGAUGCGCGAAUCAGUUGGUACACACGAAAGGUGUUGAGGAUGUGCUCGUCGUAGAGGCUUCAGAUCGCAUAGGAGGACGUGUGAUGACCAACACAAGCUUUAUUCCGGGGUUUCACGUUGAAAUGGGUGCUGAAUUCUUGCACGGCGCCAAUACCACACUCACGCGCUUGGCUGAGGAAGCUCACAUUGGGUUGCGCGAGAUCUUUACUUGGGCUCAGCCAAUGACUCGCUCGUACGAGGGAUGA